CUACAUCCCAACCCAGAAACCUUCAUCUAUUUCCCGUUUUCACUCGCUUUUUUCGCCCUCGUUUUCCAAAGAAAACAGAAAACAAAACCCUAAUGAGAACCGGCGCCAGCUCUAGCUCACAAGCAGCUGCUCCAGUGACGGCGGCGGCUAGGCCGCAGCACUCGGCUUGGCACUCUCCGGUGCCCUACCUAUUCGGCGGCCUCGCUGCCAUGCUCGGUCUCAUCGCCUUUGCGCUCCUCCUCCUCGCCUGCUCUUACUGGAAACUCUCCGGCUACCUCGAAGAUGGCACCAGAGACGCCGAUCCAGAGGCUGGCGCCGCCUCCUCGUUGGACGGCUCAGAUGAAAUCAAGCCCCCGAGCACGUUUUUCGAGGAAAGGAUCCUUGUAAUCAUGGCCGGCGAUAAGAAGCCUACCUUCUUAGCCAUGCCGAUGUCGAGCCGAGCCUCAUCGUUCGGUGACUUCGGUGAGAAUACCGGCAAGACUAAGGAUGCUAAGGGUAGCGGAGAAGAGGAGAAGAAGGAGGUGCUCGGAUGUGCGGUCACCGUAAGAGACGGGGCCCAGAACUCGCAUGACUCGGAAACGCACCAGGAACGACAGUGAUUUAUUUUCGUUUUCUUCUCUUCUCGUUUGCUUGUGUUUUCCGUUUUCAUUUUUGGUUUUUUUUUUUGGGUUUGCUUUUUGUUUUCACUGAUUAUUGUUUUUGGUCGGGAAAUGUAAAUAAAUUUUGGGAGAUGGAAUGAGAUUUUUAUUUUUAUUUUCUUAA